GCAGCAUGUGAUUCCACUGAGAUGGAAGUUCGAUACUGAAGAAGCACGGUUGUGGAUGUUGUGGUGUUUUUUAAGAGUUGGUGUGAAAACUUCUGCGAUAAUAGUUCUCUCCUGCAAUUCCCUGUUUCAUUUGAGUUAGGUGCUUCAGUUUUUUGAGGUCUUCUACCUCAGAAGGACAUAUUGUUUGGCGUAUUGGCUGUUGAGUAUUUGUGAAUCAUCCUCGUGUCAUGGGAUUUAUUUUGUUAAACGUCCCAAGUAAAUACGAGAUGCAGAAUCUUUUUAAAUAUCAAAUCAUUAACAAAAUCAUGCCGUAAGUUAUGGAAAUUUGCUGCUGCUCAAUUCAUGAUUUUGCUGGCAUUUGAGGUAGUGGAAUGGGCUGAUACAAGACUAAGUUCAUAGUAAAAGACGCGCCAGAUGUGGACGUAUCAUGUUCUUUGAGAAUCAGUUUAGGCCAGAACAGGUGGCUGUCUCAAUAGAUUUUGCUCGAGGUAGAAUGUUCUUGUUUUGUGAUGUUAUGCCUGUCCUGCCUCUGGUCCGAGGUCUGUGGAAUCUGAGAUCUGAGUAAAUAAACUAUCAGAUGAUGAAAUCUUCGAAUUCAUUGAUUCUUCCACUGACUAAGAACUCUCUGCCACUUGCACCGUGCUUUUUGAAAACAUGUUAGAUGCUAUUAGCAAUGCUUUAAUGGGGUUGCGGUAUUCACUCUUCGUGACUAUUAUGUGAUUUCAGAAGAUUUCGGAGCUUGUCAAUUCAUCUUUGCAAUUCAAGUGUUUUGGAACAUUCUCUGCAAAGCAUUCCUGGUUAUAUCGGUAAUCUGAAGUGUGAUUGUUAUGUAGAUCAUGUUGGAGAGGGAUUCAGGUCGUCCUCGUGGGUUCGGAUUUCUGACAUUUGCUGACCGACGAGCCAUGGAGGAUGCUAUCAGGGACAUGCACGGCAGGGAGUUUGGCGACCGUGUCAUCUCUGUUAACAAAGCCCAGCCGAAGGGAGCCGACGAACUUCCCCAUAGCUACAGCGGGGGUGGGUACCCUCCUGGUGGAAGAGGCGGCUAUGGUGGAGGAGAUAGGCCCGUCGGGCAGGACGAGUGCUUCAAAUGUGGUCGGCCGGGACACUGGGCACGCGACUGCCCGUCAGCCGGUGGUGGGAGAGGCGCUCGUACCUUCUCGCCUCCACCUCCACGCUCGCGGUAUGGUGGAGCCGGUGGCCGAGUCGAUCGUUACGCCGCUGAUCGCGACCGUGUUAUUGAUGAUCGAUAUGAUCGAGGUCGCUACGGUGAAAGAGAUCGUUAUGAUGGUAGAGAUGAUCGGUAUGGAGGGCGAGAUCGAUAUGCUAAUGAUCGGUUCCCCCCGCCCGGAGAUCGCUUCCCUGUGGACAGGUAUGCACCGCCCGAGCGUUACCCGCAGAACGGGUAUGGCAAGGAUAGAGCUUAUGACCGAGAUGGAGGAGGCCCGCGAGGUGGUGGUGGAGAAAGGUUUGGAGGAGGUAGAGGCGCGGGUCGAUAUGAGGGAAGAAGCUAUAGGGAUCGACCUGGUCCCUAUGACCGCCCCCCCAGAAGGGGUGGGCGCCCCCCUUCGUUGGACCGCUACUAGAGGUACGAUGUAUCUGUGUUAUUUUUACAGACUUUUGAACUGGGAAGUUUUUAUUCUGAACCAAUGCUAGCUUAGCUUGCUAUAGGAUUGGACAUAUUUUCGCAUGUUUUAUCGUAAUUGAAUCGAAUCAAAUUUGCUUUGUUGCUUAUAUAUUGGUCCCUGUUUUUGUCGA